AUGACUGAAGACCAGGUCGGUGUUCCCCUUUGGUUGGAUAUUGGAGUCCUAGACAUGGCCACUUGCGAGCCUCUUGAGGAUUUCUUGGUCGAUAUGUGGCAUUGCAACGCCACUGGAUCUUACUCCGGCUUUACCGGGCUCUCGCCUAAUGCAUCCUUCCUUGAACUCCUUCGGCAGCUCAACAUCAACGAGUCCGACUACGAGAUUGGAGUUACAGACCCGCACACCGAUAAACCCACCUGGCUGCGAGUAAUGUGGCCCAUCAACCGAAACGGCAUGAUGGAAAUGAAGACCAUCUUCCCCGGUUUCUACAUCGAACGAUCUAUCCACAUCCAUGUCCAGGUGCACACUGACUGGAAUCUGCGCGAGAAUGGAACUCUCACUACUGGAAAUACAGUUAGCACUGGCCAGCUUGGCUUCGAUGAAGCCCUUGAGGAGAACAUAAUGUCUCUGGAGCCUUAUUCUUCCCAUACCCAAAUCAACCGCCCUACCAAUGCCGGGGAUUCUAUGUACUCGUAUGACACUGUUGGUGGCUUUAGUCCUCCCAUUGAUGUGAUCCCUGUUGAUGUAAAGAAUGUUACGAAUGGAAUGAUUGGUUACAUUACUCUUGGCAAGGAUACUACUGCUAUUAAGCACGGUGACAACUAUGUUGGCGACUCCUAA